CGCAGGAGGGAGAAUAUGGUAGAACAAAAGGUAGCUUUGGUGGCUGGAGCAACCGGACUCGUUGGUAACAGUCUACUAGAGCUGCUGCCGAAGUCCCAGUGGAAGGUCUAUGGCCUUGCUCGACGGCCGAGGCCGAGCUGGUUUGUGAAUACAGGGGUGGAGUACAUCGAGUGUGACUUGCUGGAUAGAAGUGAUGCACUCCGCAAGGUGUCGAGGCUGACAGACGUGACACAUCUCUUCUGGGUGGUCUGGGUCCACAAGAGCGACGGUGAGGAACAAGGCAACUGCGAGGCAAAUGGAAGCAUGCUUUUGAAUGCUCUGGAGGCGCUGCUUCUCAACGCCAAGCAGCUGGAACACAUCUGUCUCCAGACUGGUUCCAAGCACUACAUCGGCCCGCAGAGUCUGUGGGGGAAGAUAGAUCAUGGAGAGCUCCCUUUCGUCGAGGACGGCCCCCGGCUUGGUGUUCCAAACUUCUAUUACACUCUCGAGGACAUUGUCUAUGACGCUGCAAAGAAGAAGAAGGGUCUCACUUGGUCGAUCCACCGGCCCAGUGUCAUCUUUGGAUUCGCUCCCAGGAACCUCAUCAACCUGGUUCAUGCGGUAGCGGUCUAUGCCAGCAUUUGCAGGCAGCAGGGGCUACCGUUUGUCUUUCCUGGACACUCGGAGGCGUGGGAGUGCAAAACGGACGUUUCGGACGCGGAGCUCAUUGCUGAGCAACAGAUCUGGGCGGCGACAGACGCCAGAGCCAAGAACCAGGCCUUCAACGUGACAAACGGGGACCUGGUUACGUGGAAGGAGCUGUGGCACGCGGUGGCGCUCAAGUUUGAUCUCCAAGUGCCUGUCUACAGUGGCUGCCCGACGAGCAUGGAGGAGAUAUUGCGAGACAAGCAAGAAGUGUGGGAGGAGAUGACGAGAUCCAACAGGUUGCACGCAACGACCAACUUGAGGAAGGUGGCGAGGAUUUUAGACGAAGCCUUCAACUUUCCAUUUCGUCUGGUGAGCAGCAAUAGCAAAUGCCGGGAGUUUGGAUUCAACGGCAGCAGAGACACGGAAGCGUCACUGACGCGAGUGAUCGAUCGAAUGCGGGCAGCUCGGAUCAUCCCGUAACAAGAAGAGAGGCUCUACGCACAGCGGCUUUUCACCCGAAGUUGGGCCUAGCAGCACAAACUUUUUCCAGUCUUCCUCCUGCGACUCUGGCCCCGGAUUGGAGAGGCUCAGAUACCUCGGUCCCGAUUUCUGGAAGGUGAACGAGCGACGCUUUCCCUGGCAGUCAAAAACAAGCAUGCAAGUGUUCAGAAGAUCGAUCAUCAACUUACUCGAUCUAGCAGCGUCCACGGCAUCGAGGACAUGAAGUAGAGGCGAUUCAUUCCAGGUGCUAGUGGAGCCAUCUCGGAGCAGUGGCGGUGCCAGAGCCGACCAUCUUUGCCGACAAAGCUCUCGUCGCCUUGCUGGGAUUCUCUCUCCGGGCGCUUGUACGAUCCUCCACUGAGCAGCACCGCAAGUUUCUCAAAGAUCCGGGGCCCCUGCUCUUCGCCAGCGGUGGUGUUUUCGGCGAUGGAUUCGUCUCCCAGGGACAGGAAGUUGGUUCCCAGCAGGCCCAUCGCGUAAGCUCCAGCCAAGUCGCCAACCUCGACCGCAGUGGCGAUGGAUGCGUGGAAGCAGCAGGGAGCUUUGCCAGUGUUUUCGAUCGACAAGGUGGAUUGAAGCUGCCGCUUGGAGAGCGUGACGCUGUUCUUGAGCUUGAGAUUUGGCAGGCUAGAGCCCAGUGUGAUCUAAAACAUAAAAAGAAAAAAAUCUAGAUCCAAUCCAACUUGGUGGUG